CUUAUCCAUUACAUGAAACAAGCUAAUUUUUAUGCACUGGGAGAGAAAGUCAUCAUGGAUCAAAAUGGUGACCCUAGUGCUUAUUAUGAUCUCAUGAACUGGCAGAAGAGGCCUGAUGGUUCAGUGCAUUUGGUUAAAGUAGGCUUCUAUGAUGCCUCGUCGCCUACCAGGCAUGGCCUGGUCAUAAAUGACUCAGUGAUCCAGUGGCCUGUUGGGAAGCAGGCAUCUGGGUCUGUAUGCAGCAAAAGUUGUCCUCCAGGUUCCCGCAUCACCAGGAGAAAGGGGGAACCCAUCUGCUGUUUUGACUGUGUCCCCUGUGCUGAGGGAGAAGUUAGUAAUAUGACUGAUUCUUUAGAGUGCUCACGCUGUCCACAACACACAUGGUCCAGUAAAGACAGAGAUCUCUGCAUCCCAAAGACUAUCGAAUACCUGUCUUACCAUGAGUUAACAGGUAUUGUGCUGUGUGUUGUAUCUGUCCUUGGUGCUUGUAUUUCCCUCUCCAUCCUGGGAAUCUUCUGCACAUACAGAGACACACCACUGGUUCGGGCCAACAACAUGGAACUGAGCUUUCUUCUCUUGGUGUUCCUUGCUGUCUGUUUUCUUGUUGGCCUGUUGUUCAUUGGUAAGCCCUCAGACUGGUUGUGCCUUAUCAGGUACCCAGCAUUUGGGAUUAGUUUUGCCCUCUGUAUUUCAUGUCUCCUGGCCAAGACAGCAGUGGUCCUAAUGGCUUUUAAGUCUACACUGCCAAAAAGUAAUGUCAUGAAGUGGUUUGGACCCAGCCAGCAGAGAGCCAGUGUGCUUUUAGGAACAGCUGUCCAGGUAAUAAUCUGUCUUAUUUGGCUGCUCACCAGUCCACCUCAUGCCAACAACAACACAGAUUAUCACAGCGAUAUCAUCAUCAUCGAGUGUGUUACUGGUUCAGAAGUUGGUUUCUGGUGUGUUCUAGGAUACAUUGGCAUCCUGGCCUGUAUGUGCUUCCAAAUGGCCUUUUUGGCUCGGAAGCUGCCUGAUAAUUUUAACGAGGCAAAGUUCAUCACCUUCAGUAUGCUGAUUUUCUUUGUCAUGUGGAUUACUUUUAUCCCAGUGUAUGUAAGCACAGCAGGAAAAUACACAGUGGCUGUUCAUAUAUUUGCCAUUUUAGCUUCGGCUUGUGGACUCAUAAUUUGUAUUUUUGCUCCGAAGUGCUAUGUCAUCAUUUUGAAACCUGAAAAAAACUCCAAGAAAAACAUGAUGCAAAGAUGCUGA